UAAACCUUAUUUAAAACAUAACGAGCGUGUCGUGCAACAAAAUUACUAGUUUUAUUCCCCGACCCGUGCAAAAUCGUUAGUAUUUUGCAAAAUGUUGAAAAAAUUCGUGGAAGUGAACGCGGAAUGCAGCCCCUCGGCCAAUCCCUACGAGGUGCGAACCUAUCUGGGCAACGAAACGUCGCCGGAGUGGAAGGCAGAGAACUGCCCGCCCCGUGAUCGCGUCUGCCAAAAGAAGCCGCCCAACUCCACGAUCUCCCAAGUGCUGACCAUCGAGGAUGAGUUGCGUCGGAUCCACCAGAAGGCCGAGGAGUCGCGCUUUAUUAAACCUUUCAAAAAAUGGUGUGCCCUCUACGAUGAGCACACCAUGUGCAUCAUACCGCAACGCACUCCUCAAGAGCUAAAAACCCAUGCCGAGAUGCGGGAGCGGCUGCUGCUCGCUCGCAAGGAUUUUGGCCUGGUCGAGCACGAUGCCAGGUUGGACAGAACAUGCCCCAAGGAUUUGGUCGUCCUCAACAGUCCAAUGGACAUGGGCGAGGAGGAGGAACAGGCCGAAGAGGGCGAAGAAGAAGAGGAGGGGGAGGUCAAGCCACAACUGGCAACUCCUGAGUGCAGCUCUGACAUGAUCAUCAUUCCUGACAAGCGCAUGUUGGAGUUAAAGCGUCCCAAGAGUCGCAUCUACUUGAACGAGACUGAAGUGGGUCCCCUGGAGCAACUGCCCUUCCCGUCCUACAACCCGCGUGUCCUGCAAGAGGGCUUAGAAGGCGAGAACAUCAAGACCUUCGACAUCAUAGAGGGCUGUAGUCCGCAGGACCUGUGGACCUGGAAUGUGGGCUACCAGAAUCGCGAACGAGAGUUGGAUGAGGACUUCAUCGCCGCCUCCCUGCCAAAAUAUGAAAACGACGGAGAACUUACACUCUAUAACAUACCGCAGCAGUUGGAUAAGACUUUCACCGCGGAGAUUGUGUUUGGAAAUCGAAAUAUUUAUCCCGAACCGAAGAUGGAAUCCUACCGAUUGCAAUACUAUAACCGCCCCAGUGAGAUUGGGGCUAUUAUAAUAGCCUUCGUGGAGAGCUUUCGUUUGAAUCCCGAUUUCUGGACAGCCGGUACAAUGGAUAAUAUUCUGAAGCGCGGUGUGAAGUUAACUAAGAAGAGCGCCAAGUUAAAUUACAAAUCGGAAACGAACGAUUUUGACAUAAUUGAACAGGUAGUAGAACGCGAUGCAGCUGUGGAGAUCAAGAUCCACUUUUCCGGACUCUUGAAAAACGAACCAAAUAUGUACAAGGCUCUGGCUCUGUUCUUCUCUAAGUACAAUGCCUGCAUUUUCACAUCCCGAGAUCUCUUCCUGCUGAUCUGGAAACGCUGCUUGAACUCGUACUAUAUCUUCGAUCCCAAUGGUCGGGAUGAAAACUGCGAGCGGGACUUCGAGGAGGGAAAGUGCUCGUUGAUGGCCACCCGAUAUACAGAGCAUUUGGUGCAUUUGAUUACCAAGUUCAGUGACCUGCAGCCCCAGGAUGAGUUCAAUAUCUUUGAGAUAGCUUUGACGCAGUAUGGAAAACUGAAGGAACCCCCCAUCAAAGCGGGGCCAGAUGAGGAGUACCACAAACUCUGGGCGGUGGUAAAUGAGAACUUUGCCGUGAAAACUGCGGGAACUGGUGGCAUUCAUCAGCCGAUUUCCGGAAACGAGAAGAAUGCCUCGUUGGUUGUCUCCUUGAUAGCCCUGAUUUACUCGGAAUUCGAACUGGCCAAGUUGUGGAAACCGGGCACCGUGGACGAUGUCAUCAGGUAUGGCGUGGCCUAUUACAAAACCCUUCGCAAGAAGUUCCGUUUGGACGGAAAGCGUUGGAAGAACAAGAAGCCCCAUUUGAAUGUGGUGGACCUGCCGGAAAUGUUCCUCAUGGGUGCUUUUAAGGCCACGGUUCGCAAGUAUCCCUUUAUGAUUAACGGGCAUGUGGCGGACUGCAAGAACUACUUGGAAUCCCAGCUCACGAUGGCUCUUCAUCAGUUGUUCAACAUGCCUCAGUGGCCAUCGGCUUUGCUCCAGAUCGACAAUUCCGUACUGGGUUUGUGGCGAGACAGGGAGUUCUUCUAUGUCUUCGAUCCGUUCAGGAGGAAUCGAACUGGUUUGGUGGUGGAUCCCGAUGAUUAUACCAUCAAGGGCUUGGCUGUGCUGCAAUUGCACGCCACCUUCGACUCUUUUGUUAGAGUUCUGUACAUGAACGCCUUGAAGAUGCGACGAGGUGGCAAGUUCUUCAUCCACGGCAUUCGAACGGGUUGCAUAAGACCCUUGCAGGUGAUGACCCCACAAACUAAUAAGUUCCCCGGCCUGCAAAUGGGUCUACCUACCUUCACGGAUGAACCGCCGCUUCCAGAGUUAAAACAGAAGAAGAGUAUCGAGAGUAUUCCGGAGGAGGAGCGAUUCCCCACCGUCGAUGAAGCGGAGAUGGUCGAUGAUCUGAUCAACAUGAUUAUUAAUAGUAUUAUUAAGGAGCUGCCGGAACCGCAGCCGAAGAGACCACAGCUCUACAAGCCUGCCCAGAAGGUUCUUCUUCGAACGGAUCAGGAGAAUCUGAAGGCCCUGAGACUGAAGAUCAAACGGGGCUACGAACUCGGCCAGGAGGAAGAGGAGGAUCUCAAGAGGGUCCUCACCGUGGAGGAGGAGGUGGCUCUCAAGAGUAACUUCAAGGCUCUGCCAGAUGGCUCUUGGAUCCUAAUGGGCACCACGCAACUGCCUCUUUUGGAUGAGGAGAUGGCCAAGCUGGGAGGUCUGCUCGCUGGCUUGGUGGCCAUGGCAGUUUCCUCCAAGUACAAGCUAUCCACUUGGAAUGCCGAUCUCAUUGAGUUCUCCUUGGAAUCGGCCAACAGCUUUGGAGAUGAUUAUCAGAACUACGAAUACAUAUUGGCCUGUCUUUUGGCCAAGAAACUGCCGGAUAUUUCCAUUGGCGAGAGCAACUUUAGCUUGGAAGUCAAGAAGGUGGUCAAGUCCUCGGUUAUGGUGCCCCUGCGACAGGUUUUGGUGGAUCUCCUGGUGGACAACAACAGGUUGCUGCUCGUCUGCCAGCGCUUCUCCUGCGUGAUCUUCAAGCGCUACAACUUCGUGUACAUGUUCAUUGGCUUCCCCUGCAAUGCCAUCGGCUAUCGAAAAGGAGGAUCUGGCCCUGCUUGCCUCCUUCGCUUUGUGGAACUGGACGCCCUGAUCAAGCGCAUCGAGUUCGGCUGCAAUCCCCAGGGCUGUUCGGUGAUGAACUUCAUCGUGGCCUGCAUCCAAAUGGUGGACAAUAACAUUCACGGCAGAUUCAGAGCUUGGGGCAAGGCCGAUGACGAUAAUGAAGUCAAACAGGAGACGGCGAGACAGAAGAAGCUGAAGGAGCAGCGACUGGAGAAGAUGCGCUUCAUCGAUGAGGAACUCAAGAAGGAGAACGAACGCAUCCAGAUGUUCCUCAAGGCCAAGCAGGAGCACAUGGACAGGAAGGCGGGAAUCAAACCCGAGUACCGUGACAUUGGCAUCGACGAGGCCGAAGGCGAGGAGGGCGACGAGAUGGACGACAUGGUCGGCGAGGAGGAGGCGAGGGGGGAGGGCGAGGGCGAGGAGGAGCUGGAGCUGAAGCACAAGCCCGGCAAGAAGCUGAAGAAGGAGCGCCGCCGCCCGUACAAGCCACGCCCCAUCAUGUUUGGCUACAGGAUGCGCGAGAAGGACUGCAACUUCAAGAUCCAGGGCAGCGUGGCACUCGAGGGCCGUGACGAGGGAUCCUUCAAGACCAUCAAGCCUUGCUACUUCGCCUCGGCCCUGGCCAUCCUUAGCUGCUCGCUUCGUCCUCUGAACCAGUGGAAUUCCUACAGGAUCGAUCGGGUUAUCAACAAUGCCAAGACCAUUUCCGCCGGCGUCUGUGAACUGGAAUCGGUGUUCGAACGCGUUGUUCGCCACGUGACCAUCGACGACUACGAGUUUGAUAUCUGGAUCCGUUGCUUCGAGGCUGCGGGCAUGUGGACCCCGACGCCGGUGAAGAAACAAGGUUCUCCGGAGGUGGGUCUCAUGAUCUUCAAGAAGAAGUUCGGCAAGCUGCUGAAUCUGCGGAAGUACAUGAUCAUCUUCACGCCCAACGGAAGCUAUGCCCUUUAUCACGACGAGUUCUUCCACCUGUUCGAUCCUUAUGGCAGCAUGGAGAAGCCCGGCGGCGGUGAGGAGCAGGAGGACGACGAUGAUGCGGAUGGUGGAGAUGGUGGGGAUGAGGAGGGAGGAAAGAAGAAGAAGAAGCGCUGUCCCAAGGGACCCAAGCGCUGGCCCGAAAGGAACACCGCCUCGUGGGUUCUCCUCUACGAUGUGGAUUCCGUGCUCAAGUACAUCGAUGAGCGCAGUGCAGCGAAGGAUUGGAAGGAAAAGAACAUGUACAAGUUCUUCGUGGUGGAUGUGCUGUCGCACAAGAAGGCGGCGCCGAAUGCCAGGAUCCUGCAACUGCUCACCGACCUCUCGAUCCCGAUGACGUGCAGCAACAAGCAGUACGGCCGACCGGAGUACGAGAUUUGUGCCACCAACGAAUCCCUCGGAUGGCUGGAGCUCGAGAAUUGUUUGCCUGUGUGGAGCAGGUUGAACCGCAGGAACACGGCUGGCAAGUAUCGCAAUCUGCCGAUCAGCAAGGUCAAGAAGUUCGACAUCGAGAUCGAGGGCCGGCUGUGGUCCCUGUGGGGCAACCUCCAUCCGGAGGCUCCCGUCUUCGCGGACGAUGUGAGAGGUCGCCAGUACCUGGCCUGCUAUGUGAUGGCCUGCUGUGCGGCCAGUGUCUACCGGUUGAUGGACUGGAGUCCCCACCUGCUGGACACCAUCGUGGUGAGUGGCAACAACUACUUCAAGGAGAGCAUCGAUCAGAUCAGCAAGGAGGACUACGAGUUCUCGCUGGAGAACCUCAACCUCGACUGCUCCAUGGACACCAUCAACUUUGUGGUCCACAUCGAGCACGUCUGCUAUGGAAAACUCUACCGCGUGCCCACCUUCAACCGGAUGAAUCUCUCCGAGGCUCUGAUCUACUUCUUCAGCCACUAUCAGUUCGGAAUUGUUAGCGUGCGGAAGAGAUCGCUGGCCAUUGGAUUCUGUCCGGGUCACGAUGGCGGGUACUUCAUGUACGAUUGCCAGGAGAAGGACCAUCCGCUGUUCCCCAAGCAGCAGGGCGCCUCCUACAUGCUGCGCACCCGCCACCUCCAGGUGCUCCUCUACUGCGUGGUGGUCACCCUGAACGUGCCCUUCUACAACAUCGACUUCAGCAUCCACAAGGUGGAGAUGCUGCGCGAGGGAGCCACCGUCGAAAACGAGGAGGAGGAGGGCGGCGAGGAGGAGGCUCCGGAGUAGAACAGAUGAGGAUCAGAGGAUCGAUUCGUGGGGUAUUCGUUGGGUCAGAAGCACAUGUUUUGAGUAAAUAAUAGUUUGGCUAAAAUCUAAAGUGGUUUCAAUAAAUUUUCAAAUCUUUUUUAAUCGA